AUGACAGGUCAGUAACUAAGGACCAUUACAGCACAUGCAGUAUGAGAACAGUUGCAGGAGAAGCACAGGAGCCAUGAGUGCACCAAAGAGGCACCUAAACAAGCCUGGAGGUCAGGGAGGGCAUCCUGGAGGAGGCAACAUCUCAGUUGAAGAAUUCGAAUUGACCAGACUGAGGAUGAGGGUGGUAAAUAUCCCGGGCAGUGGGAACUCUGAGUUCAACAACCAACCGGAAGGGCAGAACAGAGGGCGGAGCAUGCAGAGCUGAACUGCACACACUGCCUGCAAGGCAGGGGCCAAGGGCAAUUGGCUGGCCUUGUUUGGGCAGCAGGGGCUUGUGAGUCCUGUGAAGGAGCGUGGCAUUUAUCCGGAAGUGUUUAUUCUGCAAGCGUUUUAAGCAAGGGAGCUCCAGUUUCCCACACGAAGUGCCUUUACCCCUCCUCCCCGUGCACUCAAAUCCUGCAGCCCUCAGCAGGAGUCCGCUGUGUAGGGCAGGCCUGCCACAGUCAGGCACUGGAGGCUUUGAAGGAGAGUGAGCAAGGGGCUUGUGGGGGCUCCAGCUCAGGGGAAAGCGCCAAGGGAUUAGGGUAUUGGGGCUCAGUUUGGGGGCCAGCUGGGGUUGGAUUUGGGGGUUGAGGCAGGGCUUAAGUUUGGAUUUAAGAUUUGGGGGCUGGAUUCAGGAACAGGAGGCAUGGUUAGCACUGAGGGUGAGGGUAAGGUCUAGGACCUAAUUCCAGAAUUUGGAGCUGGGUGGGGUUAGGGUGAGGAAUUUGACCUGAGGUUUCAAGGCAAAUUUGAGUUUGGGACUUGGAGCUGAGACUGGAAUUGGAUUUUGAAAUGAGGCUGGGGGUUGAGACUGGGAUUCAAGAUUCAGGGUUGGAGCUAUGAUGUGGAGUAGAGGUUGGGGUUGGAGCUAGGAGUUUUGUAGUUAGGGUUUGAAACUGCAGCUGGGGCAGAGGUUAGGUUUGGGGCUGGAUCCAAAGCUAAGAUGGGGUUGGAGCUGGGGGGAUGGGUUAGGGCCCAGGCGGUGGGGCAGAUAGACAACAUUUCUUCUGCUGCCCAGGUCUGAAUUGUGUUCGAGCCCUAAAGCAGCUGACAGAAGUCCCUCCCUUCCCAGGAAUGCCUUGGACUGCUGAAGGAGUAAUGCCACGUCAGCCAAUCGGCUCAAGCCCUGCCUAGGAAACACCUGUUGAUCCCCUUCCCCCACCCCCUGCCCCAAGGCUCACCUGAGUGCAGGUUAGGCAGGUGAAGCACCUCCCCGGAAACGAAGCUGGAGUGCCCCACCUGCCCGGCUCAGAUCGGAUCCAGCACUUCUAGGCUUCUUGAGCCAGCAGUGACAGCUGAAGCAUGUGAGUUGGAUCCUGAAUGAGGCUUUAUCUCUGGCUCUUCGUCAUCAUCCGCCACCGUCCACCGUGGCACCAGCUCCCUCAGCCAGCUGGGAUGGGACAGGCAACUGAGAGAGCCAGAAAGAUGGUGGUGACCUUACCCUGGACUGUGAGAGGAAUAGGACUCGGGGCCUCCAGCUGCCAAGCAGGUGGUGGGGGCUGCAGGCCAUGACCUGCACCCUCUAACUCCUGGUGCUGCCCUCUGUCCUGACUCGUGCCAGACCCAGCCAUGUCUGAAGGAGAGGCUCGAGCCGCGCCGGGCCGGGGGCUGCCCCCGGAUGCACUGGCAGAGCAGGUGGAGUUGUGGUGGUCCCAGCAGCCUCGGCGCUCGGCCCUCUGCUUUGCCGUGGCCGUGGGCCUCGUGGCAAGCUGUGGGGCAGGUGGCGUGGCACUGCUCGCCUCCACCAGCAGCCGCUCGGGAGAGUGGCGGCUGGCAGUGGGCACCGUGCUGUGCCUGCUGGCCCUGCUGGUUCUGGUUAAGCAGUUGAUGAGCUCAGCCGUGCAGGACAUGAACUGCAUACGCCAGCCCCACCAUGUGGCCCUGCUGCGCAGUGGCGGUGGUGCUGAUGCCCUGGUGGUGCUGCUCAGUGGCCUGGUGCUGCUGGUCACCGGCCUGACGCUGGCUGGGCUGGCCACCGCCCCUGCACCUGCCCGGCCGCUGGCUGUCAUGCUGUCCGUGGGCAUCGCCCUGGCUGUCUCCGGCUCACUUUUGCUGCUGGCCUUGCUGCUGUAUCAGGUGGGCGUGAGUGGACACUGCCCCUCCAUCCGCGCAGCCGCUCCCUCCACCCGAAGUGACAAUGGCAGCAUCUUCAGCAUUUCAGGACAGUUGUCUGCUGGCCAGCGUCAUGAGACCACAUCCAGCAUCGCCAGCCUCAUCUGAGCAAGCUGGAGCCCUUCCCACAGCCUGCCUCAGCAUCCACAGAAUUGUGUUGGGGCGUGAGUAUGUGUGUGAGCAUGUGUGUGCACGUGCAAAGGGGACAGUGAGUGCAUGUGAGUGUGUAUGUGUCCCCAGGGCUGUCCAGCCCUUCUGUGGGAUUGUGUGCUGAGAGCCUAGUGCAGCCACACAGCCACACUGUGGGGAGGUGAGUGUGUAUCUCCUUGGAACUGGGUGUUGUGUCCAUGGAAAUGUCAGAGUCUGCCUGUCUAUAUCUGGGGUCUCUAGGCAGAGAAGUGUCUGAGAUGCCUGGAGAGCCUUGGCCCCUAUUCCCAGCACCCCUCAAAGCCAACCUGUCCUCUAACACCUGUGAGGGAUUUCCCCAGGAGUGGCUGCUCCACCUCAGAGACUGCACCAGCAUGUCUUCAUUGAGGCGAGUAAGUCGUGGCACAGUGGAGAGAACACAGGCUCCAGAAUAUACAGGCCUGGAUUGGACUCCUCCCUCUACCACUUACCAGCUGAGGAACUUGGGCAAGUGACUUAACCUCUCUGAGCCUCCGUUUCGUGAGUGUCAUGGUCAUGGUCAUAGAUUGUGAUGGUUAAAUGACAUCAUGUAAAGAAGGACUGGGCACAUGAGAGAUGUGCAUUAAAUGUGGUGGCUGCUGUUA